UCUCUGCACGAUUGCCCACUAAGUCACACACUCCACACUCAGGUGGUCGCGACGCGUUCUCCAGAGAUCACUGUACCUGCACCAAGGACCCAUCGCACAGGACUAUGAAGGACCAUUUCGGUGUCCUGGCAGUCGCGCUGCUGAUCGCGACUGUCGGCGCUCAGGAUGCCUCAUCCAACUACCUCCUCUCCGGUCACUCAUCCCCGAUGAGCAGUAGUCUGGCCCACCAGUUCUUCAAUUUGGCCUCCCAGCAUGCCCAACUGGCCAAUCAGACUGGCACCCAGAUGAGCCGAAUCUCGAGGGAAGGACCCUACGAUGACGACCAGUGCGAUCGGGAUAUUAACCGCAUACGGGAUGCCAUCGACAAUUUGGAGGAAUGGGCUCUGGAAUUUCCGGACACAUGGGGUCGUAUGCCCAUGGGUCUCUUCUGGGGUCACACGAUCAGCAUGGGUCAGUACGAGGAGUGCGUAGCGGCGUCCACUACCUACGGCGAUGAGAUCCGUGGACAGUACUGCUUGGCGCGCCUGAACAUCACCACGUUCUAUGAUUCGGUGAAGAAACGCGGAGAAGAGUUCACUCGUAUUAGCUAUAAACAAACGGAUCCGGAGUUCUUCGAGCUGGGCAUCUGCAUUCCCUCGACAUGCAGUCCACAGAAGAGCGAUAAAUUGCUCAAGUACGUUGUUUCCCACUUUUAUGGUCAGGAUGUGACCCAGUCGACGUUUGAAAUGGUCACGGAAACGCGCUGUAAAUACGAUGCACCCAUCGAGCUACGCGGCAUUGACAUCUUUGCCAUCAUCUUCUUCUCGACGAUCGUCUUCUUUAUGGUGGCCAGCAGUGUCUACGAUUACAUUCAGACCCGCAACAAAGCCCCCAAGAAACCACUGCUGGUGGCCUUUUCCGUACUGACCAACGCCCCCAAGAUCUUCACCGUGAAAAAGGUGAACAAUCCGAAUGUGAUUCACUGCCUUAACGGACUGCGUUGCUUCAGUAUGAUGUGGGUGGUCUUCGGCCAUGGCUACAUGACCAUCUACGAUCUGCCGCACAUCAACAGGAACGCCUUCUACACCUGGUUGGAGACCCCCUAUUCGAUGUUGGUCCAGAACGGCUCCCUUUGCGUGGACACGUUCUUCUUCAUGUCCGGAUUGCUAAUGUGCUGGGGUGCCUUCCGCGAAUUGGAGCGCACCAAGGGCAAACUGAACAUCCCCAUGAUGUACUUCCAUCGGUAUAUCCGACUCACUCCAGUGGUGGCCGUCGUCGUCCUCUACAUUAUGUCGCUCUACAAGUACUCGGGCGCCGGACCCAUGUGGUUCAAGCUGGGCACCCAGGACAAAAGGUGCGAAGACACCUGGUGGGCCACCCUCAUCUACAUCCAGAACUACGCCUUCCCCUACAGCAUUUGCAUCUCUCAAUCGUGGUACUUGGCCGUGGAUACCCAGCUCUACUUCCUGUCGCCGCUGUUCCUGAUUCCGCUGUGGAAAUGGGGCAAGAAGGCCUUGGUGCCCAUCGUGAUCUUCCUGAUUAUUUGCCUGGGCGGCACGUUCGCCACCUUCAUGCUGAAUGACUUUACGCUAUUCCGAGUGCAGGACGAUCAUGUGGAUCUGCGUCAGCGAUUGACCUACUAUCCCACCCAUACGCGCAUUCCCACCUGGCUGAUUGGCGUGAUCUUUGGCUACUUCCUGUUCACCAGGAACCGCGGACGUCAGAUUCCGAUGACCAAGCCCCUGGUGCUGACCGGUUGGUUUGUGGCCUGUGGAACGAUGCUGGCCUGCAUGUGGGGACCCUACUGGCGCAUUCUGCCGGACACUCCCGACUCCCCGCUCAUUGAGGGCGCCUUCUUCGAGCCACUGAGCAGGACGUCGUGGGCCUUAGCCAUCGGCUGGAUCGUCUGGGCCUGCUACAAUGGGCACGGUGGCCUGGUCAAUGACUUCCUCUCCUGGAGCUUCUUCACCGGCUUCAGUCGACUCACCUACUGCAUGUAUGUGAUCCAUCGCAUUGUUCAGCUGGUCAAUGCCGCUCGUCUCCAGACGGACACCCACUUCUCCAACUACGAUGCGAUCCUCCGCUGGUGGCAUGACUUCGGCAUCACCCUGACCGCCUCAAUCUUUGCAACUCUGGCCUUCGAGGCACCCAUUUUGGGCAUCGAGAAGGCCAUUUUCGGCAAGCCGGCGCCUAAGAAGCCCACUCCUGGCGAGCUGGCCAAAACUGCCCCGGUGGCAGAUGCUCCAGCUCCAGCUCCAGCACCUACUUCUGCCACUGAUCCUGCUCCUGUUGAAACCAAGGCGGAAAUAACACCCACUUCCAGCAGCGAAGAGAAUCCAUCCAAGGCCUAGGCUCCAAAGCCUCGAAACGAUUUUUUUUUUCCCCAUACGAAACCAUUUUUUGUGUGUAGUUAGUUUUAUUUAUUAAAAAUUUUUAACAAUCAAUCGGAAAA